AUGUUGACCUCGGCAUCUCCCCUUCCCGCUCCCAGGAUGCUCUGGGCCCUCCUGCUCUUGGCCACCUUUGGGAGUGCUCAGAGUGGAGACUGGGACAGCCCCAGCUGCACCGAGGACGUGGUUUCUGUGCUCAGGGGCGAGCCAGCCAUGAUGGCCUGCAACAUCACCAACCUCUUCUCCCACAUCACCAUCUCCCGGCGAACCCACCACGGGGAGAGCUGGCAGCUCGUCUUCAGUGUAAAGGCCCCAGGAAACUUCCGCCAGGAUGGUUGGCAGCUCUGGGUUCAAGGGGGCGAGGCGCACCUGGUGAUUGAAAAAGCCCAGGACGCCCAGGCAGGGCAGUACAGGUGGAGUCUUGUGGGGCUACAGAGAAACUUCAAAACCACCACCCUGAACGUCUCAGAACCCCAGGACACACUCUUCACACCUUCCUGGGGCCCGGAGAUGCUGCUCCCCAAUCUCAAGCCUGACCCCGAAGACAAGAGCCAGGUCCAGGUGGUCCUCCCCAUCCUCGCCCUGGUCGCCUUCUCUGUCCUGCUGGUCUGCUUGCUGGCCUGGUGCAGAAGGUCUGGCUCCCAAAGUUCUCCAAGCUCUGGCAGAUAA